UGCCACCCAAUUGCCGCGGCUGCAGAAAAGAGCCUGCUGCCCUACGAGCACAGAGACUCCUCCCUCGCCGCCGGGGUGGCAAUUCGGCGUGCUGCUUGGGGCAGCAAAAACUGCAGAGUCAGCCCUGCCCCUUUUCCCUGUCCACAUCCUCCAAUUCCGGAACCAUGGCCCUGCUCCUGGCCCCAGCUCUGGGGGGGGAGGGUGGUAAGGGGGACAUGAGGUAAAAAGUUUGGGGACCACUUUUCUCACUAAAACAGGCACAAAGUCUUCUUCAUACCUUGUAACCAGCUUUUUUUCAAGACUGUUUAAGAUACCAUCUGACUCUGCUGCACAGCGAUCAUGUCCCUCAAGUGAUUCAAUUGUCUCAUGAAAAAGUGUCACGUUUGCAUGGAUAAAAGCAAGCCAGAGUUUGGUACAUGGGUCUUCAAAUAUUUUUUGAAGAACUUCUGGACACUUUUCAUCUGACAAGUAAAAUGACUUCAACGACUCAAAAUGUUGAAGGAUCCCUGCUAAAGCAGGUAAUAUCAACAGCCAACUGACAUUACUGUAUCCUAGUACACUCUGAUAUUCUUGUCCCUUACUCUUUUCAGUCUUUCCACGCAAACAGUGAAUACAUGAAAAUAUCCAAAAAUCUUAAUUGGAAUGCUCUCAGGGUCUACUGGGAUUGCAUCUCUUGCUGUUGGGGCAUAGUUGUGCACGAUGUGAGCAACGCAUCCAAGACAUACCACUUCCCUUGUAAAGCUUGUCUUUACUUUGGCGUGCAAAUUCCCCUCCCCAUCUGUAUAUGCUGCCAAAGUUUCUGUUUGUAUUAUAUUAGAAUGCCACGACCUUACUUUUGAUUCCAUACUUUUUUAUAAUAUUUUAUCCCAGCUGCAAAAAGUUCUGAUGUCUCUCCUUCAGCAAAAGUUCAACAAAAUCCACAAAUUUAGUUUGCACACACAAAAAGCCUUCAUAAACUUUUUAAUAGUAAUAAAUAGUAAACUAAGACAGGAAGCAAUUUUACAUCUGUAAUUCGAUGUUUGCAGACACUGACACAUAUUCAACAUACUUCAGGUAGUUCAUCAUUUGCCCAUGGAGCAAAAACAUUUGCAACUAUUGCUUCACACUUUGGAGUUGCUGAAUUUUUAAAUUUAAAUUGGAAGUACAGUCCAUUACUUUGAAGCUGUGAUUAUGUCUAAUAGUAUGACAUACAUAUAUAUUCCUUCUUGGAAAAGCAAAGUCAUACUCACUGUGUUUGCUCAACUUUUGUGAAAAAAUUUGGUAACAGAAGUUGAACUAGAUGUGCUGUCAGAGCAGCUUUGUGUUUAAUGGCACCUUCUUGUUCGUUUAUAGAUGUCCUGCUCCACUCAAAAUGGAAAAAACUGCCUGGCAUAUUGAAUAUAAUACAGAUGUUUCUUUUCCAGUUGCUCAUAAAUAUGGAAAACCCUUUGGAAGCUGGGUUGUUAAAGCAGCAUUUAUGGUUUUUUGACAACUCCAUUUUCACUUUACACUGAAUCUCAACUGUGUUCUAUGUCAUACAGCAUUCAGCCAUCGUCGUAGCUAUGGCAACUGCAAUAGUGCUGUACCAUCUAUAUCAUAGCUAAUAGUUAAAACAAUAGACAUGUUCUGGAUAUUUCUAACUAUUAAUGCAUUAGACAUAUUAACCAAAUAACCAACAUAAGAAAGGGUCUUUGCAGCACAACAGUAUUCGAGGAUGAGUUUUGUGAACCGGGGACUCUUCUGGGGACAUUGUUUGCCUAGGGAUACAGUACCUCAGUCAGGGACUGUCCCCAGAAAACAGGGACCUAUGGUCACCGCCAGGGCAGCACCUGCAGCUCCCGCUCCCAGCUCAGUGGAUUGCUGUUCCUCACUGGAAUCAGGCAGGCUUGAGAGGCUGCAGAACACUGCUGACCUCAGAGCUGCUCCCUAUCUGGCUGACAGUCUCACCGUGGAGCCGCUGCCCGUGUUAACGUCACACCUCCGAAGUCGGGCCUGGGCCGCAUAUCCAGAGCACGCGGGCGCCUGCAGCGACGCUAGAAGGGCCGCUACCACGUGCAGGAAACGUUCUUGUUCGUUCUUCCCCCUUCACCAAUGGGGGAGCGGUCCAGACGCUGCGCUCGGGAGGGGCUAGCCGCGCGCUCUACUUGCAGCCCUCCCUAACAGGGCAGAGAGAUUCCAAGGCGCGAAAAUAUCGCGCAGGCGCACAAGAGAGAGGAACUGGCUCGGGCUGCACCGUUCGCCUCCAAAACAUCCCCCCUCCCGCCGUUACGUGAUGACGGUUUGUGCGUCGCGUACAAACACACACGUACAGAGUCCGUCCGACUCGUGCCUCCUCCUGGGCUACUGCGCUCGGGGCUGUUCUCAGUGGGGGCGGCACAGGCGCAGGAUCCCUCCUUCCCACGGGCUCCACCCCCAUCCCCACCCUCGGCUCGCUCGGGACCGCAGCACCUCGACCCCUCCCGCCCGGAGCGCGCGCCGCCUCCUCGUGCUGGACAAUAGCAGGACCGAGUGUGUCUCACUCAAAGCGGUCCCCCGGGCACCAGCGCCCACCUUCAUGAGCGCCGCCCGGACGGCCCGGCUGCGGGGCUAGCAGCGACGGCGGCUCCCUCCGGCAGCAGAGGCAGCGGCCGCGCUGCAGUGCUCGGCCCGGGACUCGCCGCCUCCUUCCUUGACAGCGCUCAACUGCCGGCCCCGCCCCCCUUGCGGCGGCUGCUUAAGGACCCCUGCGGGCUCCCGGGAGGAACCGGCCCGCCCAGACGCGACUCCUGGGGGACCCGGCCCGGCCCGGCCCGGCCCGACGCCGGGGGAAGGGGGUUAAGGUGGAGCCGGGCCCCGCUGCGUUUUAAUUGCUGGGUUUAGCUCUUCUGGCACGUUUGCCCCCCCGGCCCCCCAUUGCGCAGCGGCGAUUCCCGGUGCAGGCAGGUGCGGCGGCCGGUGCCCUGGCGCGGCUCGGAGCAGAGGCUCUUCAAUGGAAGUAUGUUACCAGCUGCCGGUGCUGCCCCUGGAUAGGCCGGUCCCGCAGCAUGUCCUCAGCCGCAGAGGGGCCAUCAGCUUCAGCUCCAGCUCCGCGCUUUUCGGUUGCCCCAACCCCAGGCAGCUCUCUCAGAGACGUGGAGCAAUUUCCUAUGACAGCUCUGAUCAAACUGCAUUGUACAUUCGUAUGCUAGGAGAUGUGCGAGUAAGAAGUCGGGCAGGAUUUGAAACAGAAAGAAGAGGUUCUCAUCCAUACAUUGAUAUCCGUAUUUUUCACUCAAAUUCUGAAAUUGAAGUGUCUGUGUCUGCAAGGAAUAUUCGAAGAUUACUUAGUUUCCAGCGGUACUUGAGAUCAUCUCGUUUCUUCCGUGGUAUUACUGUUCCAAGUUCCUCAAACAUUUUAGAUGAUGAUUAUAAUGGACAAGCAAAGUGUAUGCUAGAGAAAGUUGGAAAAUGGAAUUUUGAUAUCUUUCUUCUUGAUAGGCUAACAAAUGGGAACAGUCUAGUCAGCUUAACCUUCCACCUGUUUAAUCUUCAUGGACUGAUAGAACACUUCCACUUAGAUAUGAUGAAACUUCGUAGAUUUUUAGUUAUGGUUCAAGAAGAUUAUCAUAGUCACAACCCUUAUCAUAAUGCAGUUCAUGCUGCUGAUGUGACUCAGGCCAUGCACUGUUAUUUAAAAGAACCUAAGCUUUCCAAAUCUCUAACUCCAUGGGAUGUUCUGCUCAGUUUAAUUGCAGCUGCCACACAUGAUUUGGAUCAUCCAGGUGUUAAUCAGCCUUUCCUUAUUAAAACAAACCAUUACUUAGCAACUUUAUAUAAGAAUAUCUCAGUAUUAGAAAAUCACCACUGGAGAUCAGCAGUGGGGUUGUUGAGAGAGUCUGGUUUAUUUGCACAUAUGUCAUUAGAAAACAGGAAGCUGAUGGAAAGCCAGAUAGGUGCUCUGAUUCUUGCCACAGACAUAAGUCGGCAAAACGAAUACCUGUCCGUGUUUAGAACCCAUUUGGACAGAGGAGACCUAUGUUUAGAGGAGGCAGGCCAUCGCCACUUCAUUUUACAGGAAAAUGGUCUUCAGCUGCCAUGGGUGACCAGUGAAGAGAGGAUGUUUUAUUCUUUAGUUGUGCUUAGUGUGCGCAAGGCCUGCUUACACAAUGAGAUGGAGUACCGGCAAGUCCUGCUGAGGCUCCAGAAGAUCCUCACUCUGUAGAGGGCAAAACCAGCCCUUUUUGCCUGCACAUGUUAGAGAGGAGCUUUCUCAAUGAAGCAGAGGAAGGAGCAGAUGAGUCAGAAGCAGAGGAGGGGGAAUUAGAAAUGGAGGUUAAGGUUUUCAGUCUAUCACUGAUCCCAGCAGUCAGAAACUGGGUUAACAAAUCUUUCAUUGUGGUGCAAGGUUUUUGCUCCUCCCUCUAAAGAAAAUCCCGAAGAGACUGGUUAAGACUGUUUUAGAGUUAACUUUUAGUCUCUUGGGCAAUACUCUAAGAUAUAUUGUGGGGUACUGCUGUAUUGUUAUGAAGCCUUGGUUUGUGCUGGCAGAUUCCUUUUGAUAGGGAGGUAUACAGAAGGCUAAAACACUUCCUUUGAGAAAGAGGAACAUUAAACUGGAGGGAGGAUCCUCUUAAAGAGUGCAGAAAUCCUGUGAUUUCAGAUUGGUCAUCCUGUCUACAAAAGUCAAUGAAUAGUAAAAACCCAGGGGUUUGACCUGUCCUGACCAAACCAUAAACAACAAAUUUUCAGUUAAGUGGGGACUUAUAUUUUGUUUUUCAAAAAUAAGUAAUGCAAAGAAGUAAACUGAAUUAUACUAACUCAAUCCUACUAGGAUCUCUGACGUUGAAACUAUGCUAUCAGUUAAUUCUUUAAAAUGACUUAUUGCAGUUAUAAAAUGGGGAGUGGGAAUGUUCAAUGGCUUUAAGAUAGUGUUUUCCUAACUGCUAACUUAAUUUUUGGUUAGAUUUAAUUAAAAUACUGUUUGUAAUUUUAUUUCAUAUAUAAAUGUCUUUAUAUUGACUGCUCUGCAUACAGUGCCCUUGAGAGGUACUUUGUAUUUAACUCUCAUUCACUUUGUCUAGGAUAGAAGUCUGUAUGCCUUCAGUUUUACUUAGCUCUGUUCAUGACCUCUUAUAAUUCUCCAAAUAGCAUUCUGUUAGUGUACUAUGGGUAAGGCUAAGAUUUUGUGACUGAUAUUUUUAGUAAAAGUCACAGACAGGUCAUGGGCAAAACAGAAAAAGUCACAGAAGCCAUAACCUGUCCCUAACUUUCACUAAAAAUAUACUUGACAAAAUGGGGAUCUGGGGAUCUCCAACCUACUUCAAGUGGGGCAGCUGCAGGGACUAGAGCUGCCUGUAGCAGCUGGGGGCUGUGAGGUACCCGCCACCUGCCGCUCUGGGCAUCCUUCGCUGCCCGCCGGGACUGGGAGCUUGGGGAUUCCCUGCCACCCACGGGAACUAGGAGCUUGGCUUCCUCUGGAGCAGCCCAGAGAUGCCUGCCACCCCCAGCGGCUGGGAGCUCAGGGUUCCUUGCCAUCCCCAGGAGCUAAGGGUUUUCCCCCGCUGCUGCCCACUGGGAGCUCAGGGUUCCCCCGCAGUGCCGUCCUGGGCAUCAGGGAGCUGGAGGUUCCCCCCCCACUACCUACUGGGAGAUGGGGGUUCUCCCACCACCUGCCAGGAGUUGGGGGGGUGUCCCCACCGCCACUAGUGGCAGAGAGCUCAGGGGUUUCCCCGGUGGCUACAGGGAGCUCGGGGGAUUCCCCGCUGCCGCUGGCGGCAGGGAGCUGCAGGGGCCACCAUAGGUGGCAGGGGUACCCCACAGCUUCUUGCCCCAGCGGGUGGCAGGGGACCCUGCAGCUCUCAACCAUCGCAGUCUGAAGUCACGGAGGACACUGGAAUUCACGGAUUCUGUGACUUCUGCGACCUCUAAUUGCAGCUUUAACUAUGGUAUAUAGUUUUAGAGUGAAAUGCAAGUGGUUGGGUUUGUUACCCUGAUUAGAAAAAUGCAUGAGACAUUACAGAAUACAGUAGUGGCUACUCUAGAAAUUAUGCUGCUUUUUUGUAUUCAUAUUUUUGCAUAUAGAGAACAAUUGAAAGUAGUGUAACCCUGUAUAUGUAA